UCAUCGACCAUGGUCCCGACCAAGCCUUUCCGCCAGGGGCCUCUCUGUCUUGCACUCCCGUGGCUGUCCGCUGCCAUAAUCGCUAAGCAUUGCACUAUUAGUGUUACUCGCCGGAGUACACCGACAGCUCAUCGUACCUAUAUAUAAUAUCGUCACCUGUCUGGUCAACUUGGUCACUAGUCCGAAUCUCGAAUGACUGAUCGCCUCUCGACACUGCUCGCUUGGUGCUCUUCCAAUGGCAUUAGCAUUCAGCCAUCCAUCUCUCUCCUGGAUGUCCCGGAUGCCGGCAUAACCGUCCGCUCGUAUGAGGACAUUCCGUUGCAUACCAUUGUCGCCUCAAUCCCCAAGUCUGCCAUUCUUUCAGUGCGCUCUUCUGUCCUCGCUCAUUCCAUCCCGCCUGCGCCAUACGGCCACUCUGCUCGGCUCGCACUUGCUCUCGCGCUCUACGCUGAGAUUCUCACAGGACCUACGUCCCGAUUCUACGGUUAUCUCCAAUCGCUACCCGCCCGCACAGUGCCUAUCGCCCUACUGUGGGGCUCUGCUGAUGCUCAUCUUGACACUGACAGCAGAUCUGAGCCUAUCAGCGAGGACAGUAGAGAAGCAAAAGAGUGGAUAAAUGGCACGGAGGUUGAGAAGGAAUUCUUCGGAGACGAUGAUGGAGAGCUUAUGGGCGAGAUCAGAACAUACUUCGAAACAGUCGUGCGAACGCUGCUGUCCGACGCAAACGUGACGUUCGCCGACUUCCUUCGUGCAUACUCCCUUGUCAGUUCGCGCGCAUUCCUUGUCGACGCAUACCAUGGGCUGGCGAUGGUGCCUAUUGCGGACGCGUUCAACCACUCAAAUGAGAAUCAGGUCCAUCUUGAGAGCGACUUUGAUGUCUGCCCGACAUGCGGGUCACUUGCAGAGUGUAUACAUGAUCGCGAAAACAUCUCCAGCUCAGUCCCCUCCAAUUUGAGCCCGUCCGCAAUCCCGAUCGCUGCUCCUAGCCCGUCAAAUCUAACUCGAACCGUGCCAAUUCGCACCUCGCCUUCCGUUGAAUUUGCUCCUGACACCGUCGACAUGGUCACCACCCGGCCCAUCCCUGCGCACACCGAGGUAUUUAAUACAUACGGCACAUACCUUGGGAGUGCCGCUCUCCUUGCACAGUACGGCUUCGCGCUCGAAGGCGGCGAGGGUGACGGCGUGGGAUGGAACUGGGAGGAGCUGGUGACGGGACAGGGCGAGGAUGAAGAGAUGCAAGCGGAGUUUCCCAUGCUGGAGGACAAGAAAGCGAUGGAGACGAUGUUCAGGAGGCUCGUAGGGGUAUGGCGACAGUCACGGUGGGCGUUGGGCGUGGAUGACAGCUCGCUGGUGUAUGUGCCGGCAAUGGACAGUGAAAUCGAGCCUGAGUCUGGCGCCGCGCGCAGGAGAAGAUUGGAGGACGCAGAUCACAUGGAGGUCGACGGACUACGCGAAGAAAGUCCUGAGCAGGUGCACUUGUCAUCGAGUGACCACCAUCCGGGGCCCUCACUUAUCCUCAGCGGGUCGCGCUCUCUUCUCCGUGUCAAUAGCGAUGCACAGAUUAGCGUGCAGCUCUGGUUAUAUGUCGCGCUGCGCACCAUUCUCGCCGUCCUCGCCUCCAGCACCGUCAGCGUUGACGGCGAGGAGGACGAUCGCGUCGCGCGUAUCACGCUCGCAGGCGAUGUGCCGGAUCCGCGGUCGGGUGAUUGGCUAGCGAUGGUGAGGUUCUUAGGAGAGGUAGUCGCACUGCAGGCGGGUGUGGAGAAGGUGAUUUCGGAGCCGGAAAGAGAGGGCGUACCGGGGGAUGAGAUGAGAAAUGCAGGAGUUGCAGUGAGACUUAUCAUGUCGAGAAUGGCGAGACUGAUCGCGGCGCUGUGUCGCGCUAAGAAGGCGCGCAUCGGAAGGUACCCGGAAAUGAGCACUGCUCAAUUGGGUGAGAUCCUGGACAGCCUCCCCGAGGACAGACCGAAGACGCGCAUGGCAAUCACUCAUGUGUUGACGGAGCGGAUGGUGCUGGAAAGCUGCGAGGCGGCAUGGAAAGACCUCGAGCUCGCAGUGCCGUUCCGUAUGCCCAUCGUCAGACGAGUUUAAUGUCGGGUCAAUUGCAUUUAUCCGUUUGACUAUGCGAGUCAUCUUUAACUCGAGGCUCUUCCGAUAAUGUGGCCUUGGCAUCGGCUCUGGUCACAUACUUCAAUCAUUAUGAUUACACGGAUCGAUUU